AUGCCCACGUCAGGGGGGCAGGAGCAGUGGACACAUUUCGAUGAAAAACAUGAGAUCACCCAAGCGCAGUUCCUGAGUUCGCGACGUGCUCGCCAGCUGCUUGCGGAGGAUGAGGAACUUGCCGGGGCUACUGUUGAAGCCAGGCCAGUGGCAGAGGAACCUGGACGUCGCAGGCCACCAAAAGGUCGGUCCAGGCCACCUCGCAUGAGGAUGCUGAGGAAGCCGGGGCGGAGCCACGGGAGCCUUCUGGUGCCAGGCCGAUGGCUCUUCCGAUCCUCUAGCCUGUCUCUGGCAGUAGCAGCCACCUCGAAUUGCAGGAGCUGUGGUCAGAUUCCGAUGUGGAGACAGUCACAGGAGCACUCAACAGGCGACGUCGCAGAAAGGCUUGGUAAGAGCGACGAGCACAAGACCUGCCAAAUGUCUAAGAAUGGGCGUGCCGCCGGGGCGUGUACUGCGCUACGGCUUGCGGACACUCGAUGGUCGUGCUCCAGUGGAAGACUGGAAGGGGAAGAUUGCCCAGACUACGCCGAGAAGGAGUCUUCCCAGCAAGUUGCUUCGAACGGCACGAUGCCGACAUCCUGGUCACGAAGAAGCUGA